AUGGGAUUCAAAGAGCAACAGAUUUGUCUAACUCAGAGGAAGAUCUCUGUUCUUAUAGUAUUAGCAUUCAUACCAGCUGCUAUGUUUCGUCUAUGUUUUAAUAACCCGUUCUCAACCAUUGAUGACACCACUCUCCAAGACUCUAAGGCACACGUCUUGAUCACUAACUACUCUUCUUCUUCAACUCAAGAAAAAGAAACUUUAUGUGAUUAUACGAAAGGGAAAUGGAUCAAAGACGAGAUGGGUCCACUCUACAAUGGCUCAAGCUGCGGAACAAUCAAAGAAGGUCAGAACUGCUUACGUCAUGGAAGACCAGAUUCUGGUUAUCUUUAUUGGAAAUGGAAACCGAACCAAUGCGAUAUACCGAGAUUCAACGCUAACCGGUUUCUUGAUCUUAUGAGAGACAAACAUCUAGCUUUUGUCGGAGACUCCAUGGCUAGAAACCAGCUUGAAUCUCUUAUAUGUCUCCUCUCCACCGUCUCUAGCCCUCAUCUUGUUUAUUCAUACGAAGAAAAUAGAUUCAGAAGAUGGCGUUUUGAGUCUCACAACGUUACGGUCUCGGUUUACUGGUCCCCGUUUCUUGUGGCCGGUUUAGAGAAAUCUGGAAAGCUAGACCAUAACAUAUUGCACGUAGACCGUGUUGACGAGAGAUGGGGCAAAGAUUUAGAACGGUUCGAUACGGUUAUAAUCUCCGUGGGACAUUGGUUUUUACAUCCAGCGGUUUACUACGAGUCCGGUUCGGUUCUCGGAUGUCAUUCUUGCGAAGCAAGCAACUGUACCGAGAUAGGGUUUUUCGAUGUGUUUAGAAAAGCGAUAAGAACCACGUUGAAAGCCGUUUCCGGGACCCACCGUGAAGUUCUCUUAACGACGUUUUCGCCUUCUCACUUCGAAGGCCGAACUUGGGAUAGUCUUGACGCGUGUAACAUGACGGAGCCGUACGAAGACGGGAAAGUUCUAGAAGGUUUGGACUUGGAGAUGCGGCGGAUAGAGAUGGAGGAGGUUACUGCGGCUAAAGAAGCUGCGGAGGUGAGGUUGGAGGCGUUGGAUGUGACGGAGAUUUCGGUGUUGAGACGUGACGGACAUCCUGGUCCGUACAUGAACGAGUUCCCGUUCAAGAACGGUGUACCGAAGAGGGUACGUAAUGAUUGUUUGCAUUGGUGUUUGCCUGGUCCGGUUGAUACGUGGAAUGAGAUUAUGAUAGAGAUGUUGAGGCGAUGGAGGAACUGGAAUAAUGCUGAAACUUAUAAGCUAAUCUCCUGUAUCCAACAAGUGAUAUUUUCUCUAGUCAUCUGA